AUGCUAGAAUUUAUUUAUGAGGAUAUAAUACUUAAGUACCAUAAAUUAUUUAAUGAGGAAUACUAAGAUGCUGAUGACUUUUCUAUUAUUGAGCAGAAACUUUCAAAAGCUAGAUAGUAAACUAAAAUCGAAAGAUUAGAGUUUUAUCUUUCAACAUUCUUUCAUCAUUUGAAAAUUGAUGGAUCUAAUUUGGAGAUAGAAAUAUAUAAAAAAUCAUCUUCAUUAAAUGACACUUUGAGUCCUUAGAGUCCAUCUAGUGAUGGAUAGUACAAAUAAACUAUAAUAAGAUACAUAAAUACAUUCAACAAGGAAUGCUUGAGACUGGAGAACUAUGAUUUCAAGUUACUCUUUUAGAAAGUAAGACCUAAGAUGCUGAUGCAAAUGUUUGUUUCACUUUUGCAUGAAAGAAAAAUAAUAUUAAUCCAUAAUGAGGGUAGCAAAAAUGCAAUAUUAAUUGAAACACUAAUCAGUUUACUCUAUCCCUUACAAUGGAAUUUCACUAAUAUAUCAUACAUGAUUCCUAGUAUGGUUGAAUAUCUUGAGGCGCCUUUCCCUUACAUAGUUGGAGUACCGAGAGAACUCUGGAAACAUAUUUACGAGUAAAAAUGGGAUAUUCUUGGUGAAGAGGUUGUAGCUUUCGACAUUGAUAAUAACAAAGUCUACGAGAAAGAGGAAUUACCCGACUUUCCAUAGCCCUAUACUCAACUUCUGAUUAAAUAGCUUGAAAUUCAACUAGACAAAAGCAAGUAGAUGUCUAAUAGAGGAGGGUAAAACUAGUCCUUUGAGAUGCAAAGAGAGGAAGAAAGAUUUUGGAAUAAUUUUACUCUAAAAGUGAAACAGUAAUUUCUAAACUUUCUUAUAUUUCUGAUCAAUACUUUUGAGAAUUUCUACGUUAAAAAGGGAGAGUCACCAAACCAUAAUCAUGCAAAUCAGACUAUUGGAAAUAGGACUGCUGAUUCAACUCUUGAUUCCUCAAGAUAACCUAAUGCUAAUGCAUUCUCGAACAAUGGUUCAGCUAACGACAUUUUCAACUUUGAUGAAUAUGUGUAAAAUGUGAGGGAAAAUUAGUCAUUUUUCGAAAAAUUUGUCAGAACUUAAGCCUUCAUCAACUUCAUAGAGUAGGCUUAUUACGAAGAAUAGGGAAAUCUUAGUGAUGCUUCAAUUAGAUUUUUCAAAGAAUGCACUAGAAAACUGUCAAAAGAAAACUUGCAAUCAGUUAGAGCUAUGCAAGAUAACAUGAUUUCAGGAUUAAUGCAUAAGUUUAACGAUAGAAAUAUUAGUUAUUCCAUCAGUAAAUGCUACUUGAUAUACGAAAAAUCAUUGAAAAUAGAGGCAGCCCAUGAUAAAUAUAAUUCAAAGAAUAAAAGUAACUUUGGUUUGAUCUAGUAACUCAACCAUAACAAGAUAAUUAAAAUGACAUCCUUUGAUCCUACUUAGCUUAUUUAAAAACGAUUCAGUAAGGGUUAGGAUAGCAUGUAUGAAUUUCAUCGAGAUAAAGCAUAAAUGAACAAAAAUAAGUCGAAACAGAAUUAAGACUUUAUUAGCGAUAUCAAUACAUUGGGGCCUCCCAACAAUAAUCAUUAGUAAAAGUUCAAUUAGCUAUAACUAGCUGAGUAUUUCACAGUGCAAGCUACUCCAUAAAAUAAUGGGACUAAGAUCAAUUUGCAAAUGGAAAGCGAACUAUCUAAAAGUAAUUUAUGCAUGACAGCAUAGCAUAUAAAAAUAGAAGACGACGGCCAGAUAUCUGAAGAUAGUAAGAUUAUCAAUCCUGAUAAGCUGAUAGAAGAGGAAUCUAAUGAAAAUUCAUCAGAAGAGAAAGAUGGAACUGGCUUGCUCGGAUUUUUUAAGAAAACCUUUUCAAGUGUAAAGAAAACAUUCGAAAGUACAUUUAAUCCUAAUUAAGUUAAAUCGAAAUCACAAACAAGGCCUGCUGCACUAAGCUCACAUAGUGUAGGAAGACAAGCUUUGAUGACUCCAAAUCCUCUUGUCUAAGAAAAGCAUUAAGAUGACUCUCCUGAAAUUAAUAAGAAAAAUAAUCAAUCGAGAGUUCAGAAUAGGGCAGCCAGAAGCUAGACAUUUCAUGUAUAAUAGUCAAUUAAUCCUUCGGAAAAAGAUUAACCUAAAAGAGAUAGAAAGAACAACAACUCUUUCCUUGCAAAUCUAUGGAACCUAGGUUCAAGUAAAAAGAAUUAAAUGCCACCUGAGAAUCUCUCAUAAAGAUAAGUCAGUGUUAGUCCCAAAAAAUUAUUGCAUGAAGAAAAAAAAGCCCUAUUUAAAAACGAAAGGAACAGAACCUUAAAUGGUAGUGGGUUUUUCAUUUUCAAUGAAGAAGAUAUGAAGAGCAUGACAGAAAUGUCCCCUUAAAAUUUAAAUAAAAAGAGCAUCACAACUACCCACAUAGAAAAAGCAUAAAUUAAAUUUGACUACAAGCAGGUAGAAGGUUAAUUAAGUCAAAGAUAGCAGCCAAGAGUCAAAGGUAUGCAAAUCUAAGACACUUAUUUGAUUAAUAGAAUGAGAUCUAUAAGUUACCAAAAUAACUUAAGACAAAUCAGCUCAAACCACAAUAGUGGCUAAAAGACAGUCAAACUUCUUGACAAAAACGAUUCAAACAAUAAUUCACAGAUCAUUCAAGAAUAGUAGCUAAACUAUAAGACCAGUGUUGAUCUUGGAUUUAAUAGAUAAACUUUCGCUGCAAAUUCAUAAAGUUUCAGUCCACUUGAAGCUCCGAAUGAAACUCGCAAUGCGCUUGAAUCCUAAGAUGACAACUCAACAAAUCAAAUUGUAUUUAAUCUCAAUAAUAUCAGCACUAAAGACUUUAGAAGUUUCAGGCAUACUCCUAUACUCUCUAAUUAGCUUUCAGGAAAGAAAGAUUCAAAGGAAGUCAAGAACGAGUUUGAGGAGAUCUAUAAGAAAAGCACUGAAAAUCUAUUCUAUGUGCCACCGUCAAGGACCCUUGAUAUUAGCUAAAAGGAAAGAAAUAACAUUUGGAAAUCUCAAACAAGUAAAUUAAACCUAAAAAAUGCAGCUUCUAAGCCACCUAAACAUUAGCACUAAUUAGUGAAAAAGAAUAAUGGAGUUUAAUAGACAAAGUUUAAUAAGAUAAUGUCAUCUACACCUAAUAAUAAUCCUUCAAAGCCAGCGAAUAAGGAUGAUAAACUUAUACUGUAAAGAUCGUAAAACAGUGAGCUUUACAACGAUAGAAAUUCCACUGAUGAGGAUAUGAAACCAAUUUAUGGAAAGAAUUUGAAUCAAUUCGAAAAUAUCAUGUAGAGCAAGCACUUUGAAAAGUAAAAUAUUAUAAAUCAGCAUUCUAGCUCAAAUAGCAUAAAAAGAGCUGGGUCUAAUCAUAACUCAAAUAAUGCGAGCAACCUUCUAAGCAACUUCAAUGCUAACCCAAACUUUUCAAUGAACCAAAUCUCAAAAACCCUUUCUCGGUUUCAGCAGUCUCAUAAAAGAUAAAUAUCUAGUGGAAUGCAAAAUGUCUUUGUAAAGGGGGAAACGAAUAUUCCUUUAAGCAGUCCAGUUCUUGAAAACAUUGAACCUGAUGAAGACAAUAAAGUUAAGCAAAAUAAAUAGAUAGAAAGUCUGCAAAUAGGAAGAGCAAGAAAGAAGUCUAACUACAAAGGAACAUAUAAAUCGGGAGCAAGUAACCUGCAAUCAAGGAAAGCUAGCAAUAACAUCAGUGCUUUAAAUUCCUAUUCUUAAGGCCAGAGUUCUAUAAAUAAUAAUCAUAAAGCUUAUCUUCCAGGAAUCCCAUAGAAUAAACCAGGGGUAAGCUCCAGGCCAAACUACCAAAAAUAUCCAUCUAAGAUGACUGUGACAAGAAUGAAUCCUAAGAAAUCCAACAAUAAUGUAGCAUAAAAUCCUGCAGCUAAAAAAGGAGGACAAUUUAAUCAGCUUAGAGCUUCAUAAAUGAGAGAUGACAAUGCUGAGAAUGAACAAGCAAACAUUAUGAAUUAGUCUAAACUGAAUUACUCUCAUGUUCAAGCCAAGACUGUAUAAAGUUCCUCCUAUUCCUCAUACCAUAGUUAGCUGGAGAGCUUGCACAAUGAAUCAAUGAUCAAUAUUAACAAUAGUAAGAUAGAAAUUCAGAAGCAUAAUAGAGCUGAAGAUAGUAAAGUAGGUCAGCCAAACUCACAAAUACAUUUAAACCAUGAGCAAUUAGACCACUCAAAUAUUCAUGAUGACUCCUACGUAUCGUAGAAUUCAUAAAGUGAAGGAUGCAAUAAUCAUAACAGCUCCUCUUACAUCAAUGUGAUAAACCAGAGUAUAGACUUUAGAGAUAGUAAAAAGGGCGACUUCUUCAGAUUAAGAAGUCAGGCAGCAGUAGUAUCGCCAACUAAUAAUGUUGGCAAAACAAGCAUGACUUAAAACUUAGCACUUGUGAGCUAACACAUGAGUGAUGCAAAAGCAAAGGAUUUCAGUAAUGAAUUAAAAUCUAACUAUCAAUCAUUUGGCAAAGUGUAAUCUAUGGUAUAAGGAGUAAACAUGGGCUAUACCAGUAAGUAAGUCAUUAUGAAAGAAAAUGAAGAGGAAAAUGAGGAUUUGUCUAAUCUAGGCAUCGUUAUUCAUGAAUAGAAUGAUCAAAGAUAGGAAUUGAAUAAGAAGGAUAAUGUAAAGAAAACUAAUGGUAGAGUGCAUUCUCUAAGUCAACAUUAAAAUUACUUAGGCUUAAAGAUUGAUAAGAUCAAUUCUAGUCCAAUAACUAAAGCCAAUUAAAAUAAGUUUACAAGUGAAGUUAGUAUGUUCAAUCUAAACAUCAAUAAAUAUUUGCCCAAUUAAGAAUGCAAAACUUAAGCGAAUUAGUCACAAAAAUCUCUAUUGAGUCUGAAUUAAAACAUUACUAAUUUCCACAAUAGCAAAAAACAAAACCCUCCAAUAGGCAAUAGCAGAUAUGAAAAGUAGGAUUUAAGCGGAAAUAUCAGCAUAAACCUUAGCAAUAAUAAUGAAAAACAAAAAGGUCAUCAAAUGAGGGGCCCGCCCAUGUAAUAAGCCAGAUAGAACAUGAAGCCACUUAAUAAGAUUACAUGGGAUGCUUUCAAUUAGAUAGCCAAACUUUCAGGAGAUGUUGAUCAUGAACCACAUACACCUUAGAGUGCUGGCGUUGGAAAUAUGAGUGACUGUGAAGACACUGAUUGA